AUGUCAUUUUCUAAUUAUCUAUCUAUCUAUCUAUUUAUUUAUUUAUUUAUUUAUUUAUUUAUCUAUCUAUCUAUCUAUCUAUCUAUCUAUCUAUCUAUCUAUCUAUCUAUCUCACCAAUUGUUUCUUUCGAUUUCUUCCUCUACUCACAUGUAACUGUAUUCAUCUAUCUAUCUAUCUAUCUUUUUCUCCUCUAUGUCGAUGUUAUAUUAUAUAACUUUUUUUUAUUCACAUCUAUCUAUCUAUCUAUCUAUCUAUCUAUCUAUCUAUCUCAAUCAUUAUAUAAUUUAAGUGAGGCUAUGCAUUAUCUAUCUAUCUAUCUAUCUAUCUAUCUAUCUAUCUAUCUAUCUAUCUCAAUCAGCUAUCUAUUAUCAUCUAUCUAUCUAUUAUCAAUCUAUUCAAAUAUCAUUCAUCUAUCUAUCUAUCUAUCUAUCUAUCUAUCUAUCUAUCUAUCUAUUAUUUAUCUAUCUAUCUAUUCAUAUAUCUAUCUAUCUAUCUAUCUCAUAUAUAUAUAUAUAUAUAUAUCUAUCUAUCUAUCUAUCAUUGCAUUAUUUAAGUCAUCUCUCAAUGCAUUAUAUAUAUAUAUAUCUAUCUAUCUAUCUAUCUAUCAUUUAUCUAUUUAUCUAUCCUAUAUAUCAUCAUUAUCUAUCAAUUUAUUCAUAUCUAUCUAUAUCUAUCUAUAUAUAUAUCUAUCUAUCUAUCUAUCUAUCUAUAUAUCUAUGAAUCUAUCUAUAUCCCAUUAUUUCAUUUAUUGA